AUGGAGAUCCCACUAAUUGAAGCUAUGUCUCAAAUACCGAACUAUGCAAAGUUUUUGAAAGAUAUCCUAUCCAAAAAGAGAAGGCCUACAGAUUUUGAGACCAUCAAGUUAAAUGAGGAGUGUAGUGCCAUCAUGCAAAACAAAUUAGCUCCUAAACUACGAGACCCAGGGAGUCUCAAAAUCCCUUGCUCAAUAGGAAGUGAUUCGAAUUUUAAUUGUUUAUGUGAUUCAGGAGCAAGUAUAAACCUAAUGCCUUUCUCUGUAUACAAGAAAUUAGGAUUGGAAGAAUUAAAGAAUACAUCCAUCUCCCUUCAAUUGGCAGACAGAUCAAUUAAAUGCCCAUGA